AAGGAGCGGAUCCGUUGGCACGCGCGAUGUUUGGAUGCAGUUACCAAGAAGCAUCAGGGCAAGCCCCUGUUGGAGCGUAUCCGGGUCUAUGAUUUAAAAAAGAAACGGACAAGUAGCAGCAACCUUAGCAGCGGUACAUCGAGGCAACGUCGCUCGAACAGUAAUAGUGCUAAUGGCAGUUUUAUGACUGCUGCAUCCUUAGCAAAUGAUAUGUUUAGUAGCAACACCAGCAUCAACACCACCACCAUCCAUAAUAGCACCAACAGCAAUAACAUGUCAACAACACAAACACCGAGAAACAGUCAGUAAAAACACACACCCGUCUCUUUCUCUCUUCACACCAACCCAGCUAUCACCACUAUUAUCCGAGAUUUCGUCCUACUUGUGCUUGUAUACUCAUUCUUCUCUCUUUGUAAAACGUAUAUAUGUAUUAGCUACACUCUGUCCUUUUUCUUUUUUCCUUUUCAUUUCAAAAUAUUGCUUAUCACUCUUAGCAUCUCACGAUAUAAGUUUUUGGCAGCUAUGGUUACAUUUGUUAUUGAGUUUUCACAUAUUGAUAAGCGCAUGGGAUUUUACAUCCUGGGCAAUUGAGAGACAUACAUAGUUGGUGGUGAGUCCCUACCACAUCAUAUAAAGAUGUUCAUUCAUG